UUUCGAGUACAAACAACAAACCAAAUCGGCUCCUCUUCAACGCAGGACAUAGACACCGUUACCUAUCACUCCGUCGUUAUUCGCCGCCCCUUUGGCCGUGUUUCCAUCACCUUGCUCGGGAGCAAAAACCGCGUUUUCUUCAAUUUGGAUUACUAUUCUAAUUGAAAGUCUCCGUGAUGUGUUUUUUUUUCUCUUGUAGAGACCAAUUUCGAAAAGCAGGCUGGCUAUAUGAAAACAUUCAAAUUCUUGAGACUAUUUGGAUUUAAAUAAUUUGUCACACUUCUUGAUGACAAUUGCUUUUGUUCGUAGUCUCCAAAGAGCGUCUUCAUCUCUUCUUAGAUCCUCAUACCCACUUCUCGUUUCCUCCUGGUCUCUUCAGCAAAACCAAGAACUUACUUAUUCAACGUCUACAUUCUUGCUACCGACCAUCUCAACGGUUUCAAGGCCCAUAUGCCGAAGAAACUUCAGCCAUGGGACGGUGAACCUUGUGAUAUCUAAAGGGAAACCCAAGUUCGAAACUCGGGAGCUUGAUCCUCCCAAGAAAUGGAAGUGGCUGACUAAGAAGAGGCUGAAGCUGAGAAGAAAGAAAGAAAGAGAGGAAAGAAACGCAGCCAACAGGAGAGACCCACGACGACUCACCGUCAAGGGGAAGAAGAGGAGGAAGUUUGCUAAUCCAGAGGAGAGAAUCAAGGACAAGCUGGAAAGAGCCAAGAUCAAAGAAGCGUUGUUGAUCGAGAAACUGAAACGGUACGAAGUUGCUAAAGUGCAGCAGGGACCUGAGGUUCGACCACGUGAUAUCACGGGAGAAGAGCGUUUCUACCUGAGGAAGAUGGGUCAGAAAAGAUCUAACUACGUGCCGAUUGGGAGAAGAGGAGUGUUCGGUGGUGUGAUUCUGAACAUGCAUCUGCACUGGAAGAAGCAUGAGACGGUUAAGGUUAUCUGUAAUAACGUUAAGCCGGGACAAGUGCAACGGUACGCAGAGGAGCUUGCUAAACUGAGUGGUGGUGUGCCUGUUGACAUAGUCGGCGAUGAUACAAUCGUAUUUUACAGAGGGAAAGGUUAUGUUCAGCCAAAAGUUAUGUCUCCAAUCGAUACAUUGUCGAAGAAAAGGGCAUAUGAAAAAUCAAAGUACGAGCAGUCUCUUGCGUCAGUAAGACACUUCAUAGCAGUUGCAGAGAAGGAACUUGAACUAUACUAUAAGCAUGUUGUUCUUUACGGUGAUCCGAUCAACAGAAACCCUUUUUCGAUCUUGGAUGAUUCUCCAUCAGAAUCAUGUGAUUGCCAUCAGGACAAGCUUUAUAUGGACUGUUCGGACACUGAAACCGAGUUUGAAGACGAAGAGUUAUAUGAGUUAGAUAAUGGUUCUUCUUCCUCUCCAAAGGAAAAGAGUUGUCUGAAACAGGAAGGUAGUUUGGACUUGUAGAAAGUAGAAACCUUGGUUUAUAGGUCUGGUCAUAAAUAAAAAUGCGAAAUGAAAUUUAUCGUUGAGCAAUUUGCUAAAUUGUUAAGUUACAAAAAAAAAAUUUGCUAAAUUGAAGCGGUCCUGUUUAUGUACAAAUUUCUAAAAAGGUUCAAGAGAGUUAAUCUUCUACGGCGUAUAAAUCAAAAUAAAUCUUCCAAUU